AUGGGAAACGAUAAGAAGGUGGGUGCAUACUAUGCACCCACGGGCGGUUUGCCCCCACAGACACAGAUCCUCACCGACCGAGCCAUGUUCACCGAAGCGUACGCCGUUAUUCCCAAAGGAACAUUCAGCGAUAUUGUGACGAGUUUCCUGCCAUUCUGGGAUCAGACGCGGUUGUGGGUGAUUGCACGGCCACUAUCAGGUUUCGCCGAAACCUUCUCACAAUACAUUAUGGAAGUCCAACCUGGCGGUGGCAGUGAUCGCGCUGAACUUGACGACGGUGCGCAGGGUGUGGUCUUUGUGGUCGAAGGUGAAGUGACCAUCACCCUCGCGGGGGAGAAGCACACCUUGACCGAGGGCGGCUACGCCUAUCUGCCACCCAAGAGUGGCUGGACUCUCCGCAACAACGGCGAGACAACCGCCCGUUUCCACUGGGUGCGUAAGGCAUACGAAGCUGUCGAGGGCCUUGCGCAACCUGAUCCUCUCUUCCUCAAUGAAAAGGAGAUCGCGCCUACUUUCAUGCCAAACACCGACGGUGCUUGGGCAACCACCCGCUUCGUGGACCCCACCGAUUUGCGCCACGACAUGCAUGUCACCAUUGUGACUUUCGAGCCUGGUGGUGUGAUUCCCUUCGCUGAGACUCACGUUAUGGAGCAUGGCUUGUACGUUUUGGAGGGCAAGGCCGUAUACAGACUCAACCAGGACUGGGUGGAGGUGGAGGCAGGCGAUUUCAUGUGGUUGCGUGCCUUCUGCCCUCAGGCCUGCUACGCGGGUGGUCCUGGAAAGUUCCGUUACCUGCUCUACAAAGAUGUCAACCGACACAUGAAGCUAUCCCGACUGUAG